CUCCCACUUUAGCUGCGAUGCUUUACGGCACAAUCUUACCCUCGCUGAUGAUGGCGGCGACGAUGAAUUCGUACGAAUAACAGGUUAAAAGCAAGGGAUUAUUAGGAUAAAACAUACACGUAAGAGACGCGAUUAUUCCUUGGUUAGACAUUGCACCGUGUAAAGUCGUUAGAUUUUAAAAUCUAAGCAAGGAAGGGUCUGAGUUCAGAAUGACUAACGAAGAGCCUCUCCCUAAAAGGGUUCGCCUUAGUGAAUCUGAUCUGAAGACCCUGACCAGAGAAGAACUGUGCGUUAGGUGGAAGCAGCACGAAGCAUAUGUCCAGGUUCUGGAGACAAAAUAUGCUGAUUUAAAUACGAACGAUGUGACCGGCCUGAAGGAGUCGGAGGAGAAGCUGAAGCAGCAGCAGCAGGAGUCCGCGCGGCGCGAGAACAUCCUGGUCAUGCGGCUUGCCACCAAGGAACAGGAAAUGCAAGAAUGCACCACUCAGAUCCAGUACCUCAAGCAAGUCCAACAGCCCAGCGCAGCCCAGCUGAGAUCUUCCAUGGUGGAUCCGGCCAUCAACUUGUUUUUCCUUAAAAUGAAGAGCGAACUGGAACAGACUAAAGACAAACUGGAGCAGGCCCAAAAUGAACUGAGUGCCUGGAAGUUUACUCCUGAUAGCCAGACGGGGAAGAAGCUGAUGGCCAAGUGCCGCAUGCUGAUCCAGGAGAACCAGGAGCUGGGCCGGCAGCUGUCCCAGGGACGCAUCGCCCAGCUGGAGGCCGAGCUCGCCCUGCAGAAGAAGUACAGCGAGGAGCUCAAGAGCAGCCAGGAUGAGCUGAACGACUUCAUCAUCCAGCUGGACGAGGAGGUGGAGGGAAUGCAGAGCACCAUCCUGGUGCUGCAGCAGCAGCUGAGGGAGAGCCGUCAGCAGCUGUCCCAGCAGGGCUCCGCCCCCCCCCAGGGCUCCACCCCCGGCGCCGGCUGCAGGACUUCCCCCUCCGAGGCGGGGGGGCCCGCCGAGGCGGCCGGUCGGGACGGCGGUCGGCUGGCCAACGGGCCCAGCAACGGCAACCCCGCCCAGAGGACGUACCGCGAGCCCAGCAGCGCCGACGAGGACUCCGCCCCCUCCCCCGGGGGUGGUGGCGGAGGCGUUGGCGGCGGCGGCGCUGGGGGGGGCGUGGGUGGCGGGGAGGUCAAACUGUCCAAUCACGCGGAGGAGAGGGUGGGCAGGGGGGGCGGAGCCGGGGGCGGGGCGGUGGCCAACGCCGCCGCGGCCAUCGCCGGCGGCUACACGAACCAGCUAAGCGCGGGCUAUGAGAGCGUAGACUCCCCCACCGGUAGCGAGACCUCUCUCACACAGCACUCGAACGACACAGACUCCAACCACGACUCCCAGGAGGACAAAGCGGCCAGCGCCUGCAGCAGCAGUAGCGGCGGCGGCGGCGGCGGCAGCGGCGGGAAGGGUUCUAGAACUGCGGGUUCCCGCCACGCGCAGAAUGGCCUGGACUCCGCCUCCGCGGUGGCCGCCGCCCACGGCUCCAUUUUGUAAACUUUCUUUACACAUUCAGCGUAUUAUUUUUUUUUUACACAAAAAUGGGGGGGGGGGGAGGGGAAAUUAAAAGAAUAAAAAAAAAUAAUAAUAAAACGCAUAGUGUCAUUAAAUUCAUUUGGCUAAGGAUUCUGUCCAGAAUUGACUUUUUUUUUUUGUUUGUUUUUUUGCUUGUGAUACCUCUGCCACAGUUGACUUUUAAAAAAAAUUAUGUUGCUAGAUACAAAAAAUACAGUGAAUUAAUGUAGGUGUUUUUUUUUUUUUAACAACUUCACAAAGACAUUUUUUGUUGCUCGAAUGUCUUUCGUUUCAACAUCUGGUUUUUCAACGCCCUUGUUUCCUGUUUUUGAAUGCAUACCACAAAGAAAACCACCAUUUUGCAUCUGGUGUAAUACUGUAAUGCUCAAUAAAGUGAUGACGUCGCAGGUUUUUUCUCUCCCCCCGCGUUUUUUUAAAAAUAGCAUCGCCACGUUCAGGAUGUCCUUAGUUUAUGGUGUUUAACGUGUAGUUUUGUUCCCAUUCUAGGCAAAAAAUCUGUUUGACUUGUGUGUAGUUUCCUCCACAUUGUACACUGUUAAAUUCAUAUUAUUCUGACUUCAAUCCUUUUCAUGUACUGACCAAAUAUCAAUAAAGAAUUUUAAUAUGAC